AUGAUCGAGAUUGGGCUUGGAGAUGAGCCAGUAGAUCCUUCGCACGAAAACAACCUAUGGGUUGAUUGUGACGAUGCAGACGAGAGCAUGUCAGAGCCUACUCCUGCAAACCGAAACAGUCCGAAUGUCAAUGCGGAGUACACGCUACAUACAGACCCCGAAGGGAGAGAGCAACCCUCCGAUCAGGAAUCUACCCCCUUCAUCACCGACGUACACAUCGCAGAUUCCACUGUGCAAAGACCUAUGGCGCCUGCGAAGCGCGAGAUUAACAUGCUCCGUCAACGCACAGCACGAUCGGCCGCGAUACCAAGUCAUAUUGCACAAUCGAGGGUUCAAAAGUCAACCAAACCAGCAAAAAAGAAACUACUAGCUGCCUCAGCGCCAGAACUGAGGCAAAGUCUCAUCCCUAACGAGCCCAGCGACGAGGGAAUGGCUGAGAAUGGAGGGAUUUCCAUGACUGUGGGCAAUUUGGCGGUGACUCAAUUGCCUAGUAAUAAUCAACUUGGUCCAGAAAAGCGCUCCAACAUUACCGGUUGCACACAGGUACCUGUGAACGAAGUUAGGGUGUACUAUCUUGAGGACAAUUGCUGGAAGCUAGUUGGAAGUCAUAGCAGAGAAAGCAUAGGACGCGCGGUACGAACAUUCUUAAGGCAGAGCGGAAAUGCAUUGUAUUUAUUCGACAGUGAAGAGAGGGGUAUACAACCAAGUGAUUGUCAUGAGGUUGGUGACCCUGUUGUAUGUAUUACCUCAGAUUCGAAAGGGUUCGGGGACGCUGGCCCUCCGGAGGAGGUCGAAUUGUAG